AUGACUUUUCCAAGAUCACACUUUCAAGGAACUCAUGACAGUGAAGCCGGCCCAAGUAGAAUUACACAUGUUAAUGAUGUUGCACUUGAUCGUAAUUGCACAUCACCUAAUCAACGAAACAACACGAGUCAAUCCGAUACAGAUGAUAUGGAUGUUGAUGAAGCUUUGGAGGAUGCAGUAAUAUCAUAUGUUAACAUGGACGCCAGAGAAAAUGGUGCAUUAUCACGUCGUCCUCAAGAAUCAGGACAUGCUUUUCGAGCAAAGCACAAUAUUGCUCGAAAUUUCAAAAAUAAUAUGAUGAUGGCAAAAUUCUGGUUGCCUUAUCCAUUUACCUGUAGACACUGCAAUGUAAGAUUGUUUCAUCAUGAAUCACGUGACACGUGUUGUAAUGGUGGAAAGGUAUCAUUCUCACGAGUUGAUGCUCCUAUAGAAUUGCAACAAUUAUUUUUGGAUGGUUCAGCUGAAGGAAAACAUUUUAGGCAACAUAUUCGAAGUUAUAACCAUGUGCUUUCAUUCACUUCAAUUGGUGUUCAUGUUGAUGAGAAUAUUCUUGCAUCUGGUCGUGGUAUAUACACAUUUCGUGCUCAAGGUUCUUUUUACCAUAACAUAGGAGGUUUCUAUCCAAAUGAGGGUGUCAGGCCGCGUUUCUUACAACUAUACAUCUAUGACACCGAUAAUGAGCUACAUAAUAGAAUGCAGGAAAAUCCACAGCUGCACCAAAAUGUAGUUCACAAAUUACAGAAAAUGCUCCAUCAGUUUAAUCCUUUUAUAAUUAGGUUCAAGCAACUUUCAAUACUUCCAAAUAUCAGUGAAUGUAGCCUCAUACUUAAGGAGCGUCCAAGUAAUCACCAUCAAUACAAUCUUCCAACUGCUGAACAAGUUGCGACAAUUAUUGUUGGAUGUGAUGCAGAUUCUAUGGAUUAUGGAAGGGAUAUUAAUGUCAUUCGUUGUGAUGGAAAUCUCAAGAAAGUUCAAGAGACAAAGGGAUAUUAUGAUCCUUUGCAAUACCCUGUAUUGUUUCCAUUUGGGACGCAUGACAAUUAUGUCAAAAUUGAAUCAGGGAGAUUAAGGUGGAUUAAAGAGCACCAAAGUGAUAUACGUUCUGAAUUGUACCAAGGUUUACAUGAUGUUUUGCAUGUUGGUGAAACUAAUGCAGAGAACAUUGGAAAAAGAACAAUAUUGCCAUCAUCAUUUAUUGGCGGUCGUCGAGACAUGACACAACGUUAUGAAGAUGGCAUGGCUAUUGUUCUUAAUGGCGGUAAACCAGAUAUUUUUCUAACAAUGACAUGCAAUCCUUCUUGGAGUGAGAUAACAUCAGAACUUUUGCCUUUUCAAACACCACAAGAUCGUCCAGAUUUACUAAUAAGAAUAUUUCGUUCGAAAUUUGAGAAAUUGAAGGAUGAUGUUAUUAAUAAAGGAGUCUUGGGUAAAGUUACAAGCUACAUGUAUGUCACUGAAUUUCAAAAGCGAGGACUGCCGCAUGUGCAUAUGUUGUUGGUCUUAGAAAGUAACGAUAAGUUGCGUGACCCAAAAGAUUAUGAUAGUAUGGUAAGAGCAGAAAUACCUAAAUUAGAAUGUGAACCACAGUUGCAUGAAGUUGUUGUAAGACAUAUGAUCCACGGACCUUGCGGCAUAAUCAACCGAAAGUCUCCAUGUAUGAAAGACGGACAUUGUAAAAAAAGGUAUCCCAAACAAUUCUUGGAUGAAACACGUCAAGGCACUGACUCAUAUCCCGAGUAUAGGAGAAGGUUUGAUGAGUCUGUAUCGUUAGGUAGAGAUAGGUCUGUCGAUAAUAGAUGGGUGGUUCCUUAUAACCCUUGGUUACUGUUAAAGUAUGACUGUCACAUCAAUGUAGAGAUUUGCAGUAGCAUUAAAAGUAUCAAGUAUCUAUACAAAUAUGUGUACAAGGGCCCUGAUCGUGUGGCUAUGGAGGUUCAUAAAGGAUCAUACAUGGAUGAAGUUCAACAAUAUGUUGAUGCAAGAUGGAUUUGUGCUCCCGAGGCAUUAUGGAAAAUAUUUCGAUUCACUCUUUACCGAUUAUAUCCUUCAGUUGAAAGAUUGCAGAUCCACUUGCCGAACCGCCAUCAAGUGCGCUUUUAUGAUCAUCAGCAAAUUGCAGAUGUGUUAAAUAAUGAACGCAACUCCAAACAAUGCUCACACAAUUCUUUGCAUUGA